CUCACUUUUACGCAUUGUAAGUAAUUCAAUAUUUGUUGGGACAUUUUUGCUGAAUAAGGAAGCGACACAUCAAUCAACGGAAUCUAAGAGAGUGUGGGAAGCAGGUGAAGAAGCAAAAGCCAGUAGUGUGGAGGCUUUAUGAGUUGAUAUAUAUGGGGAAGGAUCAAGCGGCCCCAUUGGCAGCUUUAGAAAUCAAAGCCACCCAAUUCGACGGCAUACUUGUUUUGCUUUGCGGCCUCGUCACUGUGUUCUUUCCUUGAUAUAGAUAUCUCAGUUUAAGAACUUUAGAUCAUUAUUGGCACAAGGUGAUAUUGAUUAAUAAAUUCCGCUGAUUUCUCUCCUGACAACUGAUUGCCGAAUUGGGAGCAGUGGCGUUUACUUCCGAGGGUGAUCAGUAUUCAGCUUGAUGGGCACUGAAACAGCUGGGAAUCUUAAUCCGUAUCUUCUGUUUAAGUUCAGGUCGUCACUGGUGAGGCAGGUGUGAAUUGGUGCCAGGUUUUGCUCCUUGAAGCUCAUCGAGUUCACGGGAAAAUGUCUUCCUCAAGGCGUAGCCAAUCGACCAGCAAUUCAGUAAGAUCAAGACAUAGUGCUAGGAUUAUUGCUCAGACCCCUGUGGACGCAAAACUUCAUGCAGAUUUUGAGUCUGGUAGCUCCUUUGACUACUCCAGUUCAGUGCGUGUUUCAGGUACCCUUAGUGCUGGAGAGCAUCAGUCAAGUUCGGACAGAGUAACGACAGCUUACCUCCAUCACGUACAGAAAGGCCUCCUGAUCCAGCCUUUUGGCUGCUUGCUAGCCCUAGAUGACAAAACAUGCAAGGUCAUUGCCUACAGUGAGAAUGCACCUGAAAUGCUUACCAUGGUUAGUCAAGCUGUGCCAAAUGUUGGUGACCACCCUGCUCUUGCAAUGGGAACUGACAUUAGAAGCAUUUUCACUGGCCAAAGUGCCUCUGCCUUGCAGAAGGCAAUAGGAUUUGGCGAGGUUUCACUUCUUAACCCCAUCCUUGUCCAUUGCAAGACUUCUGGGAAGCCUUUUUAUGCAAUUGUCCAUCGUGUCACUGGUAGCAUGGUCAUUGACUUUGAGCCUGUCAAGCCUUAUGAAGUUCCCAUGACUGCAGCAGGUGCCCUCCAAUCUUACAAGCUUGCCUCCAGAGCAAUUACCCGAUUACAAGCAUUGCCUAGUGGGAGCAUGGAAAGGCUCUGUGAUGUAAUGGCUCAUGAGGUUUUUGAACUCACUGGUUAUGACAGGGUGAUGGUGUAUAAAUUUCAUGAAGACGAUCAUGGAGAAGUGGUAGCUGAGGUCAAAAAGCCAGGCUUACAGUCAUAUCUGGGUUUGCAUUAUCCAGCCACUGAUGUUCCACAAGCUACACGCUUUUUAUUCAUGAAGAACAAGGUUCGUAUGAUUGUUGAUUGUCGGGCAAAACAUGUGAAGGUGCUUCAAGAUGAAAACCUUCCAUAUGAUUUAACCUUCUGUGGUUCAACCUUGAGGGCUCCUCAUAGUUGCCAUGUGCAAUAUAUGCAGAACAUGGAUCUAAUUGCCUCCCUGGUUAUGGCAGUUGUGGUCAAUGACAGAGAUGAAGAUGGUGAUAGCUCCGAUUCUGUACAGCCACAGAAGAGAAGGAGACUCUGGGGCUUAGUAGUUUGCCAUAACUAUACCCCCCGGUUUGUUCCUUUUCCUCUUAGGUAUGCUUGUGAGUUCCUGGCUCAAGUAUUUGCUAUCCACGUUAACAAAGAAUUAGAGUUGGAAUAUCAGAUUAUUGAGAAGAACAUCCUGCGAACCCAGGGUUUCCUGUGUGAUAUGCUGAUGCGUGAUGAACCCCUAGGUAUUAUAUCACAGAGCCCAAAUAUAAUGGAUCUCGUAAAAUGUGAUGGGGCUUGCCUCUUGUAUAAUGGCAAGGUAUGGAGAUUAGGAGUAACGCCAAGUGAAUCCCAGAUACGAGAGAUAGCUUUAUGGCUGUCAGAGUGUCAUAAGGAUUCCACUGGUUUUAAUACAGAUAGCUUGUCUGAUGCAGGUUUCCCUGGGGCUGCUGCUCUUGGUGAUAUGGUAUGUGGAGUGGCAGCGGUGAGAAUAAACUCCAAAGACAUGGUUUUAUGGUUUCGGUCACAUGCUGCUGCAGAAAUCCGAUGGGGUGGUGCAAAGCAUCAACCCGGUGAAGAGGAUGAUGGUAGAAGGAUGCAUCCAAGAUCAUCAUUCAAGGCAUUCCUUGAAGUGGUGAAAUCAAGAAGUUUGCCAUGGAAAGACUAUGAAAUAGAUGCUAUCCACUCCUUGCAGCUCAUAUUGAGAAAUACAUUCAAAGAGACACAGAUUAUGGACACGAGCACAAAUGCAAUUAAUACAAGACUAAGUGUUUUGAAAAUUAAAGGUAUGAAAGAACUGGAAGUAGUGACAAGUGAGAUGGUUCGGUUAAUCGAAACAGCAACAGUACCAAUUUUGGCGGUUGAUGUUGAUGGGCUGGUCAAUGGGUGGAAUACAAAAAUUGCUGAGUUGACGGGUCUUCCAGUCGAUGAAGCUAUUGGACAGCAUUUGCUCACACUUAUUGAAGAUUCUUCAAUUGACAGAGUCAAGAAGAUGCUUGCCAUGGCACUGCAAGGUGAAGAAGAGCAGAAUGUUCAAUUUGAGAUCAAGGCACAUGGGUCUAAGGCUGACUUUACUCCUGUCAGCUUAGUAGUUAAUGCCUGUGCAAGUAGGGAUCUUCAAGAUAAUGUUGUUGGGGUUUGUUUUGUGGCUCAAGAUAUAACUGCUCAGAAGACUGUUAUGGACAAAUUCACUCGAAUUGAAGGUGAUUACAAGGCAAUUGUACAGAACCCAAAUCCUUUGAUUCCCCCAAUAUUUGGUACAGAUGAAUUUGGCUGGUGUUGCGAAUGGAAUCUGGCUAUGACAAAGUUAACUGGAUGGAAGCGAGAGGAGGUGAUGAAUAAGAUGCUUUUAGGAGAAGUGUUUGGUACCCAUAUGGCUUGUUGUCGUCUCAAGAAUCAAGAAGCUUUUGUUAAUUUUGGUAUUGUACUUAAUAAAGCCAUGACUGGUUUGGAAACGGAGAAGGGUGCUUUUGGUUUCUUUGCUCGGAAUGGCAAGUACGUAGAAUGCCUGCUUUCUGUGAGCAUGAAAUUGGAUUCAGAGGGAGCAAUUACUGGGGUCUUCUGCUUCUUGCAACUCGCAAGCCCAGAGCUGCAACAAGCACUACAUAUUCAGCGCCUUUCUGAAAAAACUGCCAUGAAGAGACUAGAAGCUUUAACUUACAUGAAAAGGCAGAUUUGGAAUCCUUUAUGCGGGAUUAUGUUCUCCCGUAAAAUGUUGGAUGAUACUGAGUUAGGAACUGAACAAAAACAGCUUCUGCACAUUAGUGCUCAGUGCCAGCGCCAGCUGAGAAAAAUCCUUGAUGACUCAGAUCUUGACAGCAUCAUUGAUGGGUACUUGGAUCUGGAGAUGGUUGAAUUCACUCUGCAUGAUGUAUUGGUUGCCUCCUUUAGUCAAGUAAUGACGAAGAGCAAUGCAAAGGGUAUCGGAAUAGUGAAUGAUGUUGAAGAUCGCAUCGGGGCAGAAAUCUUAUAUGGUGAUGGUCUUAGACUUCAGCAGAUCGUAGCUGAUUUCUUAUCUAUUUCCAUCAGUUUUACAUCGUCUGGGGGCCAGGUUGUUGUGGCAGCCUCUCUAACCAAGAACCAGUUAGGAAAAUCUGUCCAGCUUGCCAAUUUGGAGCUCAGCAUAACACAUGCUGGUAGUGGGGUGACAGAAGCAUUACUGAACCAGAUGUUUGGAAGUGAAGGACAUGAAUCCGAGGAGGGUAUUAGCCUCCUCAUCAGCAGAAAGUUGCUAAAGCUCAUGAAUGGAGAUGUGCGUUAUCUAAGGAAAGAAGGGAAAUCAUCUUUCAUCUUGUCUGUUGAACUUGCCGUGGCCCACAAAUGAGGGCCUAACCUUUCUUUUUUUUUUUGUUGCACCACGAUUCCUUGCUGUGUAUUGUAGUACAUCACAAACUGAAUGGUGCAGGAAAUGCAUUCCUUUUGCAGAGCAUGUCUAAUUUCUUUCGUGCCUCCGUGCUGUCUAUUGUAAUGGACAAUGUAGAGCGGCAUUAAUCAUCAUCACACUAACGUGGGUUAUGUACGUAGCAUUUGACGGAGAUCAUUUUGUUCCGCGAUAAACUGAAUUUGGGAC